AUGUUUGGCGCUGGUCAUUUUGACUAUGAUGAGGUGGACCAGGUUACCGGGCUGGAACGAUUGGAAAAGCAGCAUUUCUCGUCCCUGGAGGAGUCUUUAGAAAACACAUCAUUAGUCAAAAUUCCGCCUCUGGAACAAUCGCUAGGAGAGAACUGGGUGACUGUAGAAGGAGACUACGUAAUGGCAAACGUCUCUACGCUUAGCCACCUUGGAUCUGACCUACCAUUCCUUCCAUCGGCUCGCUUGGACGAGCCGACCAUGUACCUAACUCUGAUAGACUGGAAUACGAUAAAAUCGCGACUUCAUGUUGCUCAUCUGUUUAUAUUUAUGGAGAGCAGUCGACAUUUGGCUCAUCCGUGCAUGCAGAUAAUCCCGGUUAAAGCUAUUAGAAUCGAGCCACUCUCAGACGGCGGUCAUUUUGCCAUAGAUGGAGAGCCCUUUAGAUCAGGAUCGUCAUUCCAGGUGGUACCGAGCAAAUACUGCGCUACCGUCGUUGGCAGGAAAGAAGUGGUCCGAGAAGAACAGAAUUACAAUAAAUAUUAA